GUCAAUGAAGGCGCCAACACACACACACUGCUCUUGGCUGGAUUUUUCCGGGGCAGCCAUAAAACACUCAUCAGAGCGCGUCUGGCAUUCCAACUGGGAAGUGGCGUUACCAUGCAGCUUGGAGUUGUGUGCCUAUCAUACACCCAGGGGAUGAUAUGGACCGCGCGUUUUGUGCUUAGUGACCGAAUUUUAGACAUGUAUAUAGACUUAAUUUCUCCUGGUAUAAUCUUAAAAGCUAAGGAACUCGUAAAUAAAGGACCGAAGAGUGAACUACUGAACUUUCAACUCGGAGAACUCAGGACCCAGAGGACUAUGGAUCCUGGACUCUGGACUCUGGACUCUGGAGAGUGGAGAACUGAGGAUGACUCUGAGAGUCUGAGACUGAGUCUCUCAGUCUCUGACUCGCUCACUGUGCUCAGACCGUUUUACUUUCUUGGCAGAAUACAUAUAUGUAUAGUGAUGGUCAUCAUGAAGGGAGUCUGUGGACUGUGGACUGUGGACGUGGAGGCCGGCGCCGCGGGGAGGACACGUGGUCGGCACCAGAGACCUGUCAAGAGUGAUUUUCAGUGCUGCCAGUGGAGUGGACAGUGCGGGUAUGGCAUCUCCAAGUGCAUGCCGCGCAACUGCUGUGAAGACAAGCCUAAGCCUGCUGUUUCCUCCUCCACCGAGACUGCGACCGUAACUGUCACCGCAACUGGUUCCAUCCCUAAGUCCACACCACCUCUCAUGCCAACAUCGACCUUUGCCUGCGGAAUCACAAUCGACGUAGCAUACUUCGGCAACUAUGUCUGCAAUGCUACAGCUAAUGAGAUUGUGAACUUCCCUGAGGAAUGA